AAUUAAACAUGCAUAUUGAAAAUCCAUUUCUCUCUGUUAUACAACCUUAAUUUAUGCCUUAAAAUACUGCACCUUAACCAAAUCAAUAAAGAAAAGAAAUUGGUGAUUAAGCUAUUUGGACACUCUCAUCUGCUAAAACUGGAAAUGGAGUUGAUCAAUUAAGAGAUGAUAAUCCAAAUACAUUUUGGUAAUCUGAUGGUACACAACCUCAUUACAUUACUAUUUAAUUUCUCAAAAAAAUGAGAGUUUAAGAAGUAGCUCUAUAGUUAGAUUUCAAAUAAGAUGAAAGUUAUACUCCAAAUAAAUUAUCCAUCAGAGCAGGAACUAAUAUUCAAGAUAUGAAAGUCAUUAUUUCAAUUUAUAUUAGGAAGUACUUUAUAUUGAACUCAAAGAACCAUAUGGAUGGUAUAUAUUUCCACUCAAAACUAAACUUCUUAAUGGCUUAGAAAAGUAAUCAAUUAUCUCAAUUAUAAGACCCUAUGUGUCAACUAUUAAUAUUCAAGUUGUUGUUUUAUAAAAUCAGCACAGUGGUAAAGAUACUCAUAUCAGAUAAGUAAAAAUUUUUGGACCUAGAGAGUAAGAUUAUUUAAAUUUUAAUUUUAGGAAGUAGAACUAAGGCUUGAGUUUUCCUGAUUUCAAAAUGCCAGAAAUAACUUAAUAUGCUUCGAUUCGUUGA